UUAAACGAAUCAUUGAAAAGAUGGUGGAUCAGUCCCGCAAGGAUUGGUCCACCAAGCUCGAUGAUGCUCUUUGGGCAUAUAGGACGACCUAUAAAAACCCAAUUGGCACUUCUCCCUAUAGGCUUGUCUAUGGGAAGGCGUGUCAUUUGCCGGUAGAGCCAGAGCACAAGGCCUUCUGGGCCAUUAAGCUGCUAAACCCGGAUUUGAGUGUUGCAGUUUCUGAACGUAAAUUGCAGCUGCUGGAGUUGGAGGAAUGGCGUUACCACGCCUAUGAGAACACCCUGCUCUACAAAGAACGAACCAAGCGUCUCCACGACGCUCGGUUGAGGGGCCCGAAGGAGUUUCAGGUAGGUGAUCGUGUUCUGCUCUUCAAUGCACGCCUGAAAAUCUUCCCGGGCAAGCUACGUUUGAGGUGGUCGGGACCCUUCACGGUCACCCAAGUUUCCCCGCACGGUGUGGUGGAGAUCAGCAAUGCUCAAACCGAGUCAUUCAAGGUGAAUGGCCACCUCCUAAAGUUGUACUUGGGAGGUGCUGUCGAGCGCGUAGAGCUGCUGAUCAAGCUCGAGGAUCCUUAGUUCCUCUACUGGCUCCAGCUAAAAGACAGUAAAGAAGCGCUCAUGGGGAGGCAACCCCACCUAGGUUUGCAUUUUCUUACCUUUUUCCUUUUGAUUUUUUGUGUUUUUUAGUCUUGAGGUGUUGUCCAAGAGUCGAAUGUCGAUUUUGAGUGAAAAUAGGUCAAAUUCGGUGUUCUGGCAGCCCACACGGCCAGUCCUACAACUCACACGGCCGUGUGGAAUUGGGUUUUGGCCGUGUGGAGGCCCUGGACAGUUCACACUAGCAACAGGGGUCCCUCACACGGCCGUGUGGUUUUGCCUCUCGGUCGUGUGAAGGCUCGGCAAUUUCCACACGGCUAGUUUUGCAAUUCACACGGCCGUGUGGAUUUUCUCGGCCAGCCCGUGUCGACCUACACGGGCACUAUUGAACCUCACACGGCCGUGCGAGAGUGCCCGUGUGGCCGUGUAGGCGCCUAUAUAUUUGGCCGACACGGCCGCGUGGCCAGAAAACCAUAACUUUUCGCCUCUUUGGGGAUUUUCCGGCCAUCUUUUGUCAAUUUUUCACCAAACCAGCACCACACCCAGCCUUUCCUCCCCAUUGUCGGCCUAUCCCUCGAUUUUGAGGCGAUUUGGACCGAUUUUGAGUCGCCGGAGGCAAUUUCCGGCGAGACUCCGGCGAGGCUCCGACGAGCAAUUUCCGGGCAGAUUUUGGGAUUUUCGUCGCUUCCAUUGCCUUCCCCCCAUCAUCCCCUACACCUCUACUUGUGUCUCCAGGUUUGAUUUUGCCCUUAACCUUGUGAAUUAUGGAGAAUUGGGUGUUAGGGUGUAUGUUUAUAGAACAACUUUGCAUUGUGUGAAUUGUGUACAAUUGAUUGAGGGGAAGGCUUGGUUUAUGUGUGUAUGAUGUUGGGUAAUGUCCCCCCAUGCUUGAUUGAGCCCUUGUGUGCUAUGAAUUUGUCAAUUUUAUGCUUAACUUAAUAAUGCACACAAGGUGUU